AUGUUUACCGGAAUUGUGGAGCAUAUUGGAACUGUAGCUGAGUAUAAGGAAUUUGAUACAUCAGAGUCUGGUGGUAAUGGCGUCUCUGUAACUAUUUCUGAUGCUGCGCAAAUAUUAAAUGACUGUCACAUUGGCGAUUCAAUCGCAUGCAAUGGUAUAUGUUUGACAGUAACUGAAUUCGAUGCAGAUAGUUUCAAAGUAGGUUUAUCUCCUGAAACAGUUAACAGAACCGAGGUGUCAUCUUGGAACACAGGUACUAAGGUUAACUUAGAAAGGGCAGUCUCAGGUGAUGUAAGGUUUGGUGGGCAUUACGUGCAAGGCCAUGUUGACACAACUGCUAAAAUUGUAUCGAAAGAGAAAGAUGCUAACUCUCUCAUAUUUGGAUUUGCCUUGCGUGACAGGAGUUACGCAAGAUUUAUAGUCGAGAAAGGCUAUGUAGCUAUUGAUGGAGUUUCAUUGACAAUCACCAAAAUAGAUUCUGACGAUACAUUCUACAUUUCUAUGAUCGCCCAUACCCAGGAGCAUGUAGCAAUUCCUCUCAAGAAGAUUGGGGAUGAGGUUAACAUAGAAGUAGAUGUCACAGGGAAGAUGAUUGACAGGCAAAUACAGUCGCACCUUGAAGCGCAAAUUUCGAAUGAAAACUCACAGUUGGGUAAGAUGGUCUCCAGAAUAGUUGAGGCCAAGAUCAAAGAAUUAUCUAGAUGA